CGUUCCAAGUGUAACUGAAGGAAACGAAAACAUAUGAAGCCCCCUUUCAUAAUGUGCACAUAAUCCUUGAAGUGCAUCGCAAACCAAUAAAAGAAAAGUGAAAACCCAGAAUUGACAAGGAAUGUAGUGAAAGCUGAAGCUCUCAGACCUUCACGAUCGCUACGAAACGAAAUUAUUGUGCAACUACCGCCAGAAAACCAAAAAAAAACAAAACCCAUUCGCAUAAAAACCUUCACUUGCAUCCAAGGAUACCCAUUUCUCCCCUCGGAAUACGGAUUCUUUCCGUAGAGCUCUGCAACGCAACAGCAACAGCACCUUUAAAUUUGGCGGUAUUGGAACGAGCGGCGCCGUGAGCGGUGAAAAUCAUUAAAAUGAAGAAUGUCUGGCGAAUAUUCCUGCUGCUGAUGGUACUGAAUGAUGCAAGUUUAAUUAGCUCAGAGCCGCAAUAUCAGCAGCAGCCAAACCAACUGCAACCACAGGGAAAUUUCAACAAUAACAAUGUGAACAAUCAGGUUAAUAAUAACAACAACCAGUAUUAUGGGCCUCAACAGCAGCAACCACAACAGCCACUGCAGCAGCAACAGCAACAGCCUCAACAACAGCAGCAACAACCUCAACAGCCGCCUUACAGGUAUCGAGCUCCUGUACCCCCAACGACAGCAGCACCAUCGUUUUUUCAACGAAUCUCAAGCUGGUUCAAUUUCUUUGGGGAUGACAGUGGCGACAGGCGACCUGCACAGCCUCUAGCUCCACCCCAGCGGCAGUCCCUGUCCCCGAAUCCUCCACCUCCCCCACCUCCUCAGCUACAGCCACAACAGUUUCAACCUCAGCAACAGUUUCAACCCCAGCAACAGUUUCAACCCCAGCAACAGCUUCAACCCCAGCAACAACUUCAACCUCAGCUAAAUCAGCAGCCUGUUCAGUUUCCACAACCACAGCAGAUAGACCCUAUCAGAAAUGGGAGUAGGAUCGGCGUGGUGAAUACAAACUAUGGUACACCCAACUUCAACAACCAACAGCAAAACGGAGGUUUUCAACCGAUUAUCCAUCAGAAUCAUAACUACCAGACGAGUGGGAGCAACUACCAUCCAGUAGCAAACGCUCUCUCACCAACUAGUAAUAUCCAAGGACCCGGCUAUCAGUAUCAGCCACCACCUCAAGCCCCGCAACAACCGCAGCAACCGUUCGUUCCAUCGACCUUACAGCAGAAGAUAGUUGGUUCCCAGCAGGACCCCAGAAUCCUUAGACCUUCACAAGCCUAUCAUCAAAACCUGCAAUUCCGUGAUCCUGAACCAACGACGGUAGGCCCAGGAAUUGCUCUUGUUCCCGGAGUGCAGAAUGCAGGUCCCUUGGAAGAAUUUGACUACCAUCCGUGUAAUAACGUGCCAUGGGUUCCGUUGGCACCCCCGCCAGAACAUCUCCCCGUAACUCAAGUGCCCCCGAAUGCUAUCACUCCACCUUCCCAGACCCCAAUCAAGCUCGAAAUAAGACCCAAGGGUCAUGUCCAUUCGGUAUCCCCUUAUCCUCCUGCCAUACAAAAUCACGAACCAGCAAUCAUCACAGCUGCUCCUCCACCGCAGCAUUUGAUCCAACUGCAACUACAACAUCAGCAGCAGCAACUGCAAAAUCUACAGCUGCAGCAGCUACAGUUUCAGCAGCAGCAACUUCAGCAACAGCUGCAACAACUCAAGGUUAGUACCCCAGCAGAACCGUCAUAUCUGCCGUCGACAACGACGCCCACAAUCCAACCGGCAGCUCCGACAAUUGCUCACUUUGUGACCCGAAAACCCGACUCACCGGCAGCAGCUCCAAUAACCUUCCGACAAGUCGCCGCAACGUACUUCACCAACACAGACUACCACCCUCCAGCCAAGAUCCUACCGAUUCAGAACGAAGACAAACCACACGCUUCAAUCUCGCUACCGAACUUGAGUGCCUCUCCAGUUCCACCACUCUAUACGGCGACCUCUUUCCACGCAGACCCGUACAAAUUCUAUCGACCGUACAAACCACGAGACAUCGUAGAGCUGGGCAUCGGUUACCCACAAUCACUGCAAUCCAUGUCCAAUAGCUACAUACGCUACAAUAGACCACCCUUCCCUGGUAACAGACCAAAUCACUCAAUUUUCGAUGUUGAACAGGUUGCUUCAUCGUCAUCCCAAGUCUACACUACAGUGGCAUACUCCAACGAAGACUCCAGACCAGCAGCUUCCGAGCACCGUAACGUAACCAUCACCGGCACUAACCAACUAACAGCCGAGGACGAAGAUUACUCGUCCGAAGAAGACGACGAUCAGAUCAGUGGAGUGACGGUCACCUUCCCGGUGGAGGUAACUAGUGUCGUGCCGAAAACCCGUUACUAUUCCUCAAGAACGACUACCACUGAAAGACCUACUACGUUCCCAUCUUCACUACCUCCACCAACAGAUCCAGAGGAACUAGGAAACGGUCUUCAAAUUAUCUACUCUGCCAACCUCCAUUCCAGUUCACCUGUCAAUAAACAGUUCCAAAGGCAACUUACCGAUUCCGACUUAGACCACCCGCACUCACACCCUCCGGUGAGCUUGUUCAACAAUCUGCUAACUGAAGAGGACCCUGAGGAUUCGGUGGCUAGAGAGACCGGCCCCGUCACGGUUUCAACACAUGCCCCACCUACAAGACCGAUUUCCACUUUCCUGACCACACUCAAAGUCGCAGCAAACCGUCCGACAAUCUUCCAACGCUACACGACCACCGAAGCUCCCAGUACAGAAAUUACAACCUCACCUCCACACACGGUUACCACCGUCAAACCGACUACAUUGCUGCAUCACUCCUCCAUGACGGCUGCCAUCGGUGGCCACAUCAAUACAGCAGCCACCAAAAAACCCAAGCAAAUCCAGAUCAUCAUCCCAUACAGCACCUACAAGAAGCCGGAACCAUUCAAACACAAAGACCGUGACGAAAUAGACCACUCACCGGAAGAGUCCAAAAUUGUGACCGCUACCUCUGGAUCUUCCACGACACUAUCACCUCUCAAGUCCCGCUUCGUCACACGGGAAUCCAUGAAAUUCUUCCACUCCACCUCCAACAUCAAGGACAUCCUUCGCAAGGAAACCACCCGUCCAUUCUCCCGUCCUCCAACGACCAUCCCGGAGAAGCCAACCAAGCUCAAGAAGGUCGAACCCGUAAAGGUCUCCAAAGACUCCAAACCAUUCACCCCACCUCGCGUUCCCAAGAUGACCCCGAUGCCCCCAAUAUUCAACCUAUCCGGACUGACAGCUGAACAUCGCUUAGAACGCACUACAACCGCCCCGCCUCGAACCUUCCACCCAACAAUCAUCAUGGCCCAUCCAUCCAGGUUCGCUCCGCAUUACAUCAACAUCACCCGAAUGCGACCGAUACCCACCAGCCACAUGUUUUCCCAUCGAACCACCAUCUCUCAGCUUCUCCGGACAACCAAAAUCGUCAAAAACCCUCCAAAAUCCCGCGAGGAACAAGAACUCAUAUCCCGACCGCAUCCACCCAUUGUCUACCGACGGACAACGGUACCCACCACGACCACUACUUCAACCGAACGGCCAGAAACGACUCCCAUCCCCAUCUACGAACGCAACGAGUGGGACAUCGAUCCACUUCUCCUGCAGCGACGAAUCGAUACCUGGACGGAGCAGCAGUAUGCCAGCGAUGAUUACCUGUUCAAAUCCAGCACCAUUCCGCUGCACAGGGUCACCAAAGCCAUUCCGUGGGAGUUUCUUACAACCACCAUGCUGCCCUUGCUGAGGGAUCGCGUCAAGGGGCGGGACAGUUGGCGCAACGUCAAGAUUGCCAUUUCACCGCACACCAAGGAGAAGGUGUACGUGGUGACGCCACAACCGUGGACGGCCAUCAUCAACCAGGAAACGGUGUCGUCACCGAGGUUCUCCAUUCGGCCAACGCCGUUCUACCAGAGGAGCGGCAGCACCAGCAGCAGUAGAAGAAGUGGUAGUAGUACAGGAUCGACCGUGGAUGUUUCACCGGAAUCAGUGAACGAUCUGGUGGAACACAAAUCGAAACUGCACCGAACAUCGCUAAGUCCCGUCAAGCUGAAGCACCGAAAGUACGUCCGACAGAAAACCUUCACCCGACCGCCAUAUCAGGCUAGAUUCAGCAGCACCAUCAGCGGUAGCAGUAGCAACGAAUCGGCGUGACCAGGAGGACCAGGGAUCGGGACAUAACCCAUCUUGAGCAAGCAAUCCGAACAGCCAAAGCCACACCACACAUACACCCAGUUUAAGGAAUCGCACCAUUUGUAUUAGAUAGCGCGAGUGAGAGAGAACGAGAGAGAGAGGAAGGGAGUUAACUUAAGUCAAAACCCGUCGAAAAUAGCCAACGUAAAUUAGGUUUUUUUUUAAUUAGAUCGUAUUUUUUUUUAACAGGAACCAAACCAGGCCGCUAGAAUAUGUGCCACAGAGUAAAAGGUGAGAGGGAGACGAUUCAUCAGUCUCUUUUCUGCAGAGACUGAUUGCAAUUAUGCGCUUUUUCCAUUACAACUUGGAGGGGAAAGCAAAUCUCACUGCACCUUCGAAAUGUUGACACAUGGAUAUUGUAUUUAUUUUAAUAUGUAUACUGUGUAGUAGUUUAAGCUAAACAAGUUGAAGGGCGAAGGAAUGGUGAAUGAGUGUGUUCAUAAUGGACAUUUAAGUUACAGAAUGUGAAAUGCUGCGAACGAUGAUACUUUAGAAAACUGGCAACGCAGUCAUUUAAAAAGAACUUAGGCUGUGUAUCAUUUCAUGAAUUUUCAUUUAAAUUUGACAGAUGGAAAAUUUUCAAAUAAACCUGCUAUUGUACCAGACUUAUAACAGACAGACCAGGAAUAAAUUUUGACCAACACCUUCUCGAAAAUCAAACGAUCAUCAACAGAGGGAUUUUCGAACAUUUAAUUUUUUUUAUGCUGCGAACGGUGAUACUUUAGAAAACAGGCAACGCAUUUGUUAAAAAAGAACUUAAAAUUGUUUAUA